GAAAAAGCCAUUCCCAAUCAUGUCUUUUGAAACAUCAAAAUUAACCACUCUCAUUCCAUCACACCAAUGGCUCAGAAAGGUAAAAUUGAAUUAUGUACAGAUUAUGGUAGUAACAGAAAACAGACAACCAUCUUGAUGUGUGAGGUACUGAUUAUAUCAUUUUAGGAAAUUUAUAAUUAAAAUGUCAAUAUUUAAUCCAGACCGUGAAAAAUUGAAGUAAUUUUUCUAUUAUUCAGUAUAUUAUGUGGACGUGGUCAUGCAAAUCUUUUUUCUGGAAUUACGUGCUUAUAAAUUCGAGAAAUUUUCAAGUGAAAUCUACUUUCUUUGUAAUCUAAUCCACUAUCUUAUCUAUCAAUCUUGUCAAGCAAUUUGUAUUAAUUUAUCAAUAUAAUUUUUGAAUAAACCAAAACAAGACAUUUUAUUUUUUAUAUAAAAAGGUGAAUUACUAAAAUGCAUUUUUGGAUUAUAUACUUGAGUAUAGUUGUGCUAGCAAUCAAAGACACGAGUGCAAUAAAUGCUCUUGAAUCAAAAACAUAUUUAAGAAAUGAAAUUACCACAAAAUCAGAGGGAACAACGGAUGAAAAAACUACGGUUCCAGAAACCACAUCAAAAUUAGAGACAACUACUGACGCAGAAACCCCAACACAUUCACAGGCAACCACUGAUGGAGAUACCACAACCAAAUCAGAAAGAACAACAGAAGAAGAAAACACAACACAAUCACAAGGAACCACUGAUUCAGAAACCACAACAAAAUCGGAAGGAACUACAGAUGCAGAAACCACAUCAAAAUCAGAGACAACUACUGACGCAGGAACCCCAACACAUUCACAGGCAACCACUGAUGGAGAUACCACAACCAAAUCAGAAAGAACAACAGAAGAAGAAAACACAACACCAUCACAAGGAACCACUGAUUCAGAAACCACAACAAAAUCAGAAGGAACUACAGAUGCAGAAACCACAUCAAAAUCAGAGGGAACAACUGAUUCAGAAACCACAACAAAAUCAGAGGGAACCACAAAUGCAGAAACGACAACAAUAUCUGAGCAAACUACAGAUGAAGAAAGCACAACAAAAUCAGAGGGAACCACUGAUGCAGAAACCACAACAAAAUCAGAAGGAACCACAAAUGCAGAUACGACAACAAUAUCUGAGCAAACAACAGAUGAAGAAAGCACAACAAAAUCAGAGGGAACCACGAAUGCAGAAACGACAACAAAUUCCCAGUUAACCACUGAUGAAGAAACCACAACAAAUUCUGAGAGAACAACUGAUACUGAUAGCACAUCAACAACUCUUAGAACUAUGACUAUAACAACUCCAAAACCAUAUAGUUUAGGUACAGAUAAUAUAACUUGGCACCCAACUUCCACUGAAAAUAUAAUUAUCCAUACUGAGGAUGGUUAUAAAAUUGCUGCAACUAUAGAAGAAUGUGAAAUCGAAGAAUAUGGAUUUGCUAAUUUUACUACUGGUAAAAUUGGUGAGACUGUAUUGAUAGCAUAUUAUGUGACUCAACAUCCGGCUGUCCUCUACAAUCAUAAUUUAUUAUACGCUCAUUUCAAUGGUUCUUCAUCAAGUAACUUUACAGUAGUUUUCACAAGAAUUGGCGAACCGAUAACUACGACUACGACGGAAGUAACAACAACGACGCAAUUCCUACCGUCGCCCAGUGUAAACGACUCAUAUGAAUUAGUUGUUCAUUUAACUGGACUGGAUCCAUUUGAAUACAGACAUUUAGAUGUAUUGAUCGCAUUUAAAGAAAUGAUUGCAAGCAUGGCUUGCGAGUAUUGCCAUAAUAAUAAUAUUGAACUGAUAGAUGCUAUAACUAUAAACAACGUGAAAAUUAUAGGAAUUUUGCAAUGUACCAAUGGUUGGCCCACUUGUAAUCCUUGUGUUGAAGUUAGAUUCGCUUUGCCCAUAAAUAUGAAAGAAAAUAUUUUUUGGAAUGGCUACCAAUUAAAUUCGGCUCAUCUCCAAAUCAUGUGGGAGAGAUAUUCACAAAAAUAUCUCGGUAUGGGUAUCGCUUCGUGUGAACAGGAAAAUAUAAAUAAUUGGAUUAAAUGGAAUAUUGUUUGGAUUUCAUGUAUUACAGGAUUGAUACUGUCAUUUCUACUGAUACUAAGAUAUGUCCUUAACAAAAUGUCCAAAAAUGCUGCGAGAUCCAACAGAGAGUUUAGUGAUCAAACUCGGAUUUCAGCAAAUGAAGAAAAAACGUACGACAUUGAAUUAACUCAGCAUUAUCUACAAGACAUGCCGAAAUUAUUUGACAAUGCAUAUUCGAUGUACAAUCCCGAUGUUGGUGUAUCAAAUUUUGGAUUUGACGAUUUUGAGCCAGUGCACAAAGAAAGCAUUGUAAGUGACGAUGAAGAUGAUGUAGAAGUAAGCUGUGCAUAAUUUAGAUUUAAGCGAAUAUGUAGAAAAUUGUGACAACAUUUUAAAAGAGUAUAUAUAAUCGUUAACCAUUA